AUGGCCGGCCUGUAUAGCGCCGCUGCUCUGAGUGAGCUCAACAGCCCCGAGGCGGAGGCUCUCCACAGCCUGAUGGCGAAACUGAGCUCCUGCGGUGUGGGCGACAUUGUCGACAUACCACAGAUGAUCGUUGUCGGCCAACAAGCCGUAGGAAAGUCGUCUGUGCUUGAGGCCAUCUCUCGCGUCAAAUUCCCGACCGCGGCAGGGCUCUGCACUCGAUUCGCGACGGAAAUCAUUCUCGGCCGAGCGCAGGAAGAAAGCGUCAAUGUCGCCAUUCGAUUUCACAAAAAUGAACCGCAGCCGGCAGGCGUAUUUGACGAAUCAGGCACUUCAAAGGAAGACCUGCCCGCACUUGUCGAGGAGGCGAAAAAAUACAUGGGAAUCACCAAAGAUACGACCGGUUUUUCGCGGCAUGUAUUGUGCGUCAAAAUCAGAGGCCCCGGCCACUUUCCUCUCAGACUCGUCGACUUGCCUGGAAUCUUUAACAAUGAAAUCGCAACUCAAUCAGAAAAGGGAAUUGAAAUCGUCAAUCAACUUGUGGAGAGCUACAUGGAAAACAAGAACAGUAUUAUCCUCGUCGUUGUCGAGGCCAAGACGGCUGUUGUCAACCACUACGCUCUCGCCAAGGUCAAGGACUUUGACCCCCGACGAGAGCGAACAUUGGGCAUCAUCACGAAACCGGACCUCAAGCUGGGCGAGCACCUGCAGAGGGAGCAUAUCCAAUUGGCGAAGAAUAGGGAGCCGAAACAUAUCUUGAAGCUCGGCUGGCAUGUUCUGCGCAAUAGAGCCGAGGACGAGAACGGCACGGAAACUCGAGACGAGAUUGAAGACGCCUUUUUCAAGACAUCUCCCUGGAACAGUAUUGUGGAGGAAGAUCGAGGCAUUCACAGUCUUCGACAGAAGUUGAGCACGGUUCUCUAUAAUCACAUCCGCCGCGGCUUGCCCAAAGUCGUUGAAGACAUUGAGGCCAACCUAGCCAAGCGGCAGACGGAAAGAGGCCAGCUUGGGGUAGAAAGACCCAAACUAGAGGACAAGCGGGUGUUUCUGGCUGACAUUGCCGAGCAAUUUCAGCGACUUGUCAGAGAUGCGAUGAGGGGCAACUACGCCGAUCACUUUUUCGGCCAGUUGACCGAACCGCUCCACCGUCUGCGUGCGGACUUGAAGUGCUUCCGUCGUGCUUUUGAUUAUAUCAUGACUACUAGAGGCCACAACUUCGAAAUAGCGCCGUUUGGGGACGAGGAUAAAGAGACGAGCCAAGUGGACUGGACAUCAACGACUUGUUACGCGAGCCCAUUGUGGCAAGUGAGGGUAGUGAACUGCCUGAUUGCGCGAUUCCAUGUCGAACGUGUCAUCCAAUACGCAAAAUUCUUCAUCGAACAAUUGUUCUGCCACAUCAUCGGUCAGGAUAGCGAGCAUCGGGAUGCCAUCCUAAGCGAAUAUAUCGACCCUUUUUUUGAGGAGCAUGAGACAAUGUUGAAGGCGAAGCUGGACGAAUUAGUCGCGCCUUAUGCGAAUGGGUACGCGGCACCAGUAGAGGCGGAAUUUUGUCAGAUGAUGUCGGGCUGGACGGUCGAUCGCGUGGUCAAACGAUGGGGAAACAUUCAACACGGUGCAUAUGACACCGAAGCCCGUGACAAUUCGGGGGGAAUGCGGCACGAUUUUGCUGAAGAGCUGGCCCAGAUUGUAGACGGAGGGUCCCUCGGCACGGAAAAAAUUGUCAAUAUGAUGCAGGCGUACUAUGAGAUAUCUCGACGCACGUUCUUGGACAACGUAACGAACCUAGCCGUUGAAGGCUGUCUGAUUCAGCAGUUGCCCAGCAUAUUUACCUCCAAGCAAGUCGCAGCGAUGGAUGAGUCUACAUUAAACAAGCUAGCUUCAGAGUCGAGCAAUGUCAAGUCCCGCAGAGAUCAACUUUCGCAAGAAAUUGAAUCUCUAAAAACGGGCUUGGAACAGUGUCGGCGAUGGCGACCGCGAACGGAACUGGAAAAUCCCACACGGCCAAACGACACCAGUGUUGCCGAUACGCUUCAGAAGAACGGCCACGAAAGUCGCCAUGCCCAAAAGGUAGAUGCACCCGCGAGCAGUGCAACAGCGGCAGCCAACAACCUUAGCGCCAUGCUUCGAGAUCAAUCCGCCAAGGUUGCAAGCACCUUUGGUCGGGGCUCUACUACGGAAUCAAAUGCCAGGCCGCAAUUCAUGUUCACUGAGCACAAACCAGCGGCUAUCAAUAAGGAUCCCGGCCUGCAAAACUCCGGCUCCCCAAGCUUCUUGAAUUUAGGCUCGACGGCGCAGACGCCCUCCAAAGGCGGGCUGUUUGGGUCCAAGCCUACCGGGUUUAAUACCAACUCUUCAUCUUCAGCGUCAGUCUUUAGCAACACGCCAACGACUCCCAUUGGCGGCUUUGGUUCAACCACGGAUGGCCCUUUCGGCCAAAGGCCCCAGGGAAAUAGCAGUAUCUUUGGAAGUGGAAACAGCGCAUCGAGGACUUUUGGUGGCUCUACUACUAAACCUGGAGCUGGUGGCCCAGGCGCGCAGGUACAUCACACACCAUACCUUUGCGAGCUAGAAGGACACGGGACGACUUUGCAAUACCAGCAUAUAUGUAUGUCCGAGCAGUUCGUUCAUCAGUCACCAGAAGAGAUGAGACUGCAAAACUAUCUAGAGAUGCAGUCAGAACAUUCUUCUGUCUUGGAUAAAAUACACUAUAAAACUCUUCAAAGUAUUGAAACAUCUCUUCCUGCAUAUCGCUUCAAAAGACGCAAAGACAGCGUCAAGAUCACUUUUUGGCAAAUUAUUGCCGUUCGAUAA